ACGCGGCCGCUCACACACAAACAUGAUGAAGAAGCUCGUGCUGCACUUCGACCUGAACCGCACGAUCCUCAUGUCGGACGUGGCGGGAGGGAGGUCGAUGGAGAACACCCUCAACUACCUCCUCGCGGAGUGCACCUAUGGCCAGGUCCAAGGGAAUGAGUGGAUUUGCGUGUCGAAAGAACCCUCUCUCACGCCGCCCUCGCCGUCCCUUGUCACGUACAAGAAGUUCGUCGACACGUUGUAUCCAUACCAAAGCAUGCACGGAGCCUCGGACGCCUUGAACGACGUCAAGGCCUUCAACAAAGCUCAAAAGAAGAAGCGGACGGCGCUACAAUCCGCCUUUACAAGCGGUCCGGGCCGUCCCAUCUCUGCUUCCUACGACCAUGUGCUCUCGUGCCUCUUCUUUCCCCAGGGACCGCUCCGCGACGCCGCCAAGGCAGCCGCGGCUACGAUGGCCGAUUCCGGGCUCAAAGAAGCAUGGAGCGAGGGCCGCUACUACAUCCUCCCGUCGUUCCUGCACUUGCUAUUCCACGUGGACCAUCACCGUCCGAUUUGAAUUCACAUUUGACGACCAUGUAUUAACACUUGGCGUAGCAACCGUGGAUGUGAACGUGGUGUUUCGAACAUUUGGCGACGAUAUUGUCGAAGUGGCCAAGGAAAUUGAGUUUCUCGUCCAUGGGCGCCAUCCGUUGUUUCCAGGGAAAGCAUUGUCGGCAUCGAUGCGACUCGAACCUCCGUAUGCUACGUUUUAUCGCGAUGGAUUUGAAGCCUCGGGCACUGCACUGGCCCUCAAUACGCUGCAGAAAGUGCCUUUCCAAUCCACCAACUCGGCCGCCACCCCCGUGGAGUUCUACGCGUCCAUUGAUCCUGCGGUAUCGGUAGUUCGGGGGUUUGAAGCUGUCCAACAGUGCAUUCAAUCGAUGCUGUCGACGCGAUCGGUGAUUGCCCUGCGCGACUAUUGGGAGUGGUGGAGUACCCACGCCGAACAUGCCGAGUACGGCAAGUUGCUCUUGAUCGACGGUGCUGUUCCGGCUGUCUUUUUCGACGACCAUGUCGAAGAAUGUGAAGCCCACAUUGUGGACGUACGCGAUGCAGUUACGGGGCUAGUGGUGCCGUUCCAAGUUGCCAAGCUCAAGUACCUCCGUCGAGUCGAGCCAUAUUACGCCAUCACAGACGUAGCGUACUACACCAAGCACGUCGACGCGCUCGUGGUCGAGUGAGAAGGAAGGCAGCAUCGAGAUGGUUCGAACUUUUAAAGAUGAGUGAGGAUGCUCAUGGAACUGGGAGUUUAUAACGUAAAGUGCCACAUUAUGACGUA